CAAUAGCAGCGCGGAGCUGGCCGUGCCGAGUGAGUGGAGCCUUGGUGCUGCCGCCGGGUCGUGUGUUUUUGUUGUUGUUUACGGUGGAGGGCCGCUGUGUGAUCCGGUGGGGAAGCGGGGCGGGGCUGAGGGCGGAAACGGAGGAGAAUGGCAGCGCAGGGCGCCGAGAAAACCAGUAGCAAGAAGAAAACCGAGAAGAAAUUCGCCGCCAGGGAGGAAGCCAAGCUGCUGGCCAGCUUUAUGGGAGUGAUGAAUGUCAUGAGGAAGCAGAAAACCUUGUGUGAUGUUAUUCUGAUGGUGCAAGACAGAAAGAUCCCAGCUCAUCGCGUGGUUUUGGCAGCUGCCAGUCAUUUCUUUAACCUGAUGUUUACCACAAAUCGACCAUCUGGUGCUCUGCGAAAGAACAGACGCUGUAGCAGAACCAACAUGAUUGAAUCAAAGUCUUUCGAAGUAGAACUUAAAGAUGCAGAACCAGACAUCAUAGAGCAGCUGGUGGAGUUUGCAUACACUGCAAGAAUUUCAGUGAAUAGCAACAAUGUGCAAUCCCUGUUGGAUGCAGCUAAUCAAUACCAGAUAGAGCCUGUCAAAAGAAUGUGUGUUGAUUUCCUGAAAGAGCAGGUGGAUGCAUCAAACUGCUUAGGCAUUAGUGUGCUAGCAGAAUGUCUUGAUUGCCCAGAAUUGAAAGCUACAGCAGAUGACUUUAUUCAUCAACAUUUCACUGAAGUUUACAAGACAGACGAGUUUCUGCAGCUUGAUGUGAAACGCGUCACCCACCUUUUAAACCAAGACACUCUGACUGUCCGUGCUGAAGACCAG